GUGCAGCAAUCGUUCGUCCUCUUGACACAAAAUGGCGACUCUCGAGAAGGAAGAUUUCUGGGGCUGUGAGCUUAAGAAAGGAUCCAAUGAAGUAAAAUUCAAUCCCGAGUUUGAGGAUAGCGAGUUAUCAGAAGUUGAGCAUAAAUUGAUAUUGAGUCAGGCUUGUCUGGGAGCUAAGUCAAGUGGACGUUGUCUCGUUGAGGUUACAGCUCAUGACUACAAGGGAGAUGAAAUGAAAAAUGUUAUCGUGUGCUUACAGCAAGGAUCAACUGAAAUGUGUCCCCUCAAUCUCAGCUUUAACCCUCCAGCCACUUUCAAACUUAUCGAAGGACCAGGUCCAGUYUAUCUUUCUGGAAAUCAUAUACAAAGUUUAGCAGAAGAUGAAUUAGACUCUUCUGAAGARUCAUCAGAUGAUGAAGAAGCUCCACAACUUGUAGACAGCAAAGCAGCUGUAAAAAGUAAACGACCUCUUCCAGCCAGCACUCCCAGUGGUCCACCRAAAAAGAUGGCAAAAACUAAGAAAGAUGAUGACGAAGAGGAUGAUGAUGAKGAAGAAGAGUCAUCAGACGACGAGGAAGAGGAGGAGGAAGAAGAAUCUGCCAAACCAGUUAAAGCAAAAAAAGAUGUUAUAAAGGAAAAGGGGGAAAACGAAGAGGAUGACGAGGAKGAUGAUGAGGAUGAUAUGGAGUAUGAAGAUGAUGAYGAUGAYGAUGACUCCGAUGAAGAUGAGGACAGCAAAGAUGAGGAAGAGAGCGAUUCAGAUGAGGAAGAAAGUGAUGAGGUUACUAAAAAUCUUACUGGGAAAAAGGAUACUCCCAAAAAGUCCAUGACCAAUGGUAUUUCUAGUCAGAAAGAAGAUAAAAAGACACCUUCAAAGUCACAACAGAAAACACCUCAACCUGACAAACCCAAGGACCUAGACUCGAUAAAGAAAGCUUUACUUAAGUCUCCUUCACUACCUAAGAAGAUCGAGAAAUUCAAGAACUUCAUGCGUUCGUCAUACAAGAUAACCGAUGAAAAGACUGUCAACGAUGUUUGGGAAUACAUUCAAAACAACAAGAAAUAAUUCAUCCAAACCUGUACACUUCUUGAAAUCCAUUACAAAAUAAACAGUUUUUUCACACAA